UUUUGACUUCUCGAAAGGCAUGCGGUGUUUUUGCACAGAGAGCUCCAAGCCUGGAGUUUUGCAUGUUGAGAUCCAAGGCAAUGAUCUCCUGGUUGUCUCUGGAGUGCCAACUAAAGAAAACUCAAGACGGCUUUUUUUUUAUUUGUUGUUUUUACCUCCUAUAUAAUCUCUUGCGCGUCUCGUUUUCCUGUGUCGUGGUAAAUGGGAAUUGUGUGUUUUGAAUGGUCGUUUUAUUUGAAGGUAAUGUGUCCAGCCCUCUUUGCAGACACUUGUGCUGCAAACGCGUUGGUCACAGGACUGGCGCUCAGUGCGUCUGGCUGCUGCGAGUUUGAGUUUGAGAAGGAGAAAUGUAGUCCAAGUAGGAUACAGGACUACAUCCCCCAGAAUGCCUCGGGACUGGAAUUGGAGCCAGGAUGGGAAACACCUGUGUCUAAUGGAGCGAGGGACCCGUGCCUGUGGCAGAUGGUGCGCAGCGUGAUCCAGCUUGCUGCUUUGUUGUCGGCACUUCCCAUGACGCUCUGCUUCCCUAAACCUUCCCUGGAUCUUGACCACCGUAACAGGUCGUCGAUCCGGUUUCUGGCACUGGGGGACUGGGGGGGCCUCCCGUACCCCCCUUACCUAACGCCCAUCGAAAAGGCGACGGCCCGCGAGAUGGGCAAGGUGGCAGAGUCCAUGGGGGCCGACUUCGUCCUGGCCCUGGGAGACAACUUCUACUACAGCGGUGUGCACAGCGCCCACGACAAGAGGUUCAAGGAGACGUUUGAGCACGUCUUCACUGCAGACUCUCUGGAGGACCUGCCCUGGUAUGUCCUGGCUGGAAACCACGACCACUCGGGGAAUGUGUCGGCUCAGAUCGCGUACAGCAAGCUGUCGAAGAGAUGGUGAGAACUGAC